AUGGGGAAAUCAGGCCGCCAUUUGCGCAAUGAAUCUGACCCUCUCUUGGGACUGUAUGGUUCAGCGAUUGCUGCUUCAGAAGGACAUGGGGCGUUGUAUGGGGGAAGUUUCGAAAAAUCAACGCCGUCGCCGCACAAGAGUAGCAGCAUGAAAGAACAGUACGAAGAUCCAGAUCAAACUAUGAAGGGAUACCGAGUGCACAAAGUUUCGUACACAGCUGGCAAUCACGUCCAAAUUCUAUUUCAAAUGUAUGGUUCAGCAUUUCCGAAUGUGUUCCCAUUUGUUCUUGUUAACGUGAUGUGGGGGUUGGUUGUAUACUACUUGAAAGAACACCACAAGAUCGAUCUCACAUUUCAUAGUUCCACUGGGCACAGCUUCAUGGGCCUCUUGGUUUCCUUCUUGAUUGUCAGCCGUUCACAGAUUUCAUAUGGGAGAUUUAUGAGUUUUAGAACCCAUCUGGCCACCCAAUAUCGACUCUGUCGGUCGAUUAGUCAGCUGACAUGUACAUAUACCAUGACUAACCAGACUCAAGGAGCCCGACAAUGGAGACAUGAAGUCUGCUUCAAGACGAUAAAAAUGUUGCGUGUGACCAUGGACGCUCUUCACUGGAGUUCGACGUCAAGAGAUAAGUGGGAGGAAGAAUAUUUCAAGUAUCAAGCGCGGGAUGCUGAAAAGGGCGACGAUCAUGGAGCUUCAGACCACUUCUUCAAUGCUCGCAAACUUUCGCACGGUCGUCGCUCCAAUAUAGAUGAGAUAUUUCGGGCGCCCAUUACAAAUUGCCACCUCUUGUCACAAACAAUCAUGACACACCCAGAUUAUUUGGGAUACAAAAUGCCAGUCAACGAGUAUCGUGAUUUGGUACUCAUGGUGGCAUCGUUCCAGGAAGCAUUUCAUGCAUUCCGAGUCUUGAUCUUUACGCCGUAUCCAUUCCCACUGGUCCAAAUGACUCGCGCCUUUCUCUUUUUCUGGGUGUAUACGUUGCCACUCGUGUUGUUAAAGGACUAUCGACUCUGGAAUGCACUGCUCAUUGUCUGCCUAGUCUCAUUUGGAUUCAUUGGAAUCGAGUAUGUGUCAAUGGCUCUUGACGACCCCUUUGGUGACGAUACGAACGAUGUGGACGAACACGGCAUGGCGCUGCUGACCUACGAAGAUAUUUAUCUGACUUUGUACCGUACCGAUGGACCAGCAGCAGCUUUCGAGCUGCGUGACCGAGUGUUGAAUCGAUACAAGCAAGGUCGCGGAAUUGAUUGCUAUCGUGACGACAUGAAAGGAACCGAAAUUUGGGAACCACUGUACUUUCCAGAGCCCGAAACACCGAAGAGGAGACCCCCCAGACCUCCGACUGGACAUGAAAAGAAAGUUUCCAUCGAUUUGGAAGCUGCCGAUUCAGAGACUUCCGAGUCAUCCAAAAACGUUUAG